AUGCGUGCUGAAAUUGAUGCUCUUGAACUCAACAACACCUGGCAACUUACUCCUCUUCCUCCUGGUAAGAAACCCAUUGGCUGCAAAUGGGUAUACAAGAUCAAAUACAACUCUGAUGGAUCCAUCGACCGAUAUAAAGCUCGCCUAGUUGCCAAGGGCUAUAGUCAACAAGAAGGCAUUAACUACACUGAGACAUUUGCUCCAGUUGCUAAAAUGACUACCAUUCGUACCAUUUUGGCCCUUACCUCCACUCGCAAUUGGCACAUCCAUCAACUUGAUGUCAAUAAUGUCUUUCUUUAUGGUGACCUUGAUGAAGAAGUCUACAUUUGCUUCGGUUGCUAA